AAAAAAAGACCUUAUAAAUUCAUCUUCUCAUCACUCGUGGUGCCUCCGCAUUCCAAACUAGGGUUUUGUUUUCAGUAGCCGCUGCUGAAUCUCCAAUCUACGCCUCGUAAAUCCUCGUUUCCAAUCAGCAACCAUGGGAAAGACAAGGGGUAUGGGAGCUGGUCGUAAGCUCAAGUCCCACCGAAGAACUCAAAGGUGGGCUGAUAAGGCCUAUAAAAAAUCUCAUCUUGGAAAUGAAUGGAAGAAACCAUUCGCUGGAUCUUCCCAUGCUAAAGGCAUUGUUUUGGAAAAGAUAGGUAUUGAGGCUAAACAGCCAAAUUCUGCCAUCCGAAAAUGUGCUAGAGUUCAACUUAUCAAGAAUGGAAAGAAGAUUGCUGCUUUUGUGCCAAAUGAUGGUUGUUUGAACUACAUUGAAGAAAAUGAUGAGGUUCUUAUUGCUGGAUUUGGAAGAAAGGGUCAUGCUGUUGGAGAUAUUCCCGGAGUUAGGUUCAAGGUUGUCAAGGUCUCUGGUGUUUCCCUUCUUGCUCUUUUCAAGGAGAAAAAGGAGAAGCCAAGGUCUUAGAUUUUUUGUAUUAAGGAGACAACAAGCUUUUACUACUACUUGGGUGUUCUUGUUCUUAUUUUAAUAUUAAUUUUGAACAAUUGUCUUGUCACAAAUACUUGUUUAAUCUUAUUGAGAUUAUGUGAUUCCUGGAUUAACUACUUUCUUAUACUAGUUAUUAUUCUUUUUU